AUGUCCGCACGGUCAGUGAAACAAUUAUUGGAAAGAAUUCGAAAAAUAAGUGAAGCGAAUUCAGGCGGGGAAUGUUCUAUAUCUGAAGAUGAGCAAAGUAAAAGUCGAAGUGAUUUUCCAGACAAUGAGGAAAGUCAGCAUGAUGAUGUGUUUGACGAUGAAGAUGAGAAUGUUUUGAAUGUCCGUAGAGAACAAAGACGCCGAAGAUUUUUAUCGGAUUCUGAAAGUGAUAAUGAGCAGAAUAUUGAAGACAUUGUAACGGCUCGUGAUGAAACAGUUUGGCAUCGAAUCAAAGAAGGGCCGACAAGCGAGAGACCACCAUUUACCUUUAAAGAAGUGUUAUGUCCAACGGCACACGCCAAACGAAGAUUUAUGUCUGGUAAAGUCAAAUCAGCAUUUUCGGUGAUAAUAGAUCAUACCAUUAUUGACAGGAUAAAAAAAUGUACAGAAGCAGAAGCCUUACGAGUUUUGGGGUCUAAAUGGGAUCUGCCUAUUCCAAAAUUAUAUACCUUCAUCGCAGUUUUAUAUGCACGUGGUGCUUAUCAGGCAAAAAAUUUAUCUAUUUCAUACCUGUGGAAUUCGAAAUGGAGACCUCCUUUAUUUUCGAAUGCUAUGAGCGCAGAAACGCUUUCUCAGAAAUUUCGAGAUUUCUCCGAUUCAACAACAGAAUGCAACGAAUCCAACGUUUGA